AUGUCAAAUGCAACUCGGGGAAAGUUAUACAGUUUGCUAGCAGAUUCCGGACGCAAAAGUGCUCAGCGUGUUCUGGAAGGCGUUGCAAAUUCGCGCUGUAUGAUUAUUUGUGGUGCUGGUAUAUUGGUUGAGGCGCAAAUCCCGGACUAUUGUUCACCGGGAGGAUUAAUGAGCUUGAAGUUUCGGAUUUUCAACAAGAAAGUAGCUGGCAAAGACGUUUUUGCAAACACCAAUGCAGCUGGGGGGCUACACGUCAAGGUGCUGAACUACAUUAUGACUUCCUUGCGCCAACACGCUUGUGUUGCUCCCGUAACAGAUUUUCAUUGCUUGAUUCAAACCAUGCUGAACACCGAUCGGGCCGUGAAGUGUCUUACUUGCAACUUUGAUGGUCUUGAAACACGUGACCAACCAAACCUUGCUACAAAGGUGAUUGAGCUACAUGGUAAAAACAACACUAUCUCCUGCCUGAGUGGGCAUACAAUAUCAACCAAUGGAGAGAUUAUUGGCUAUGAGGACAUGUUCAUGCAGGGAGAUGAAGUUCCUUGCCCUACCUGUUCUACUAGCGGCUGGGAGCAAUCCAAAGGAAACAAACGCCUUUGCAACCUUAAUGUUGUUCAUCUCCUGCGUCCUGGAGUGUACCUGGAUGAGAGAUUCAUUCCUAGCAUGAGCAGUGGUGAGGACAGCAGAAAUGAAUUAUGUGACCUGGUUGCUUCUUGUCAGGUUCUGCUGAUCCUGGAUGCGCAGGAGUGCGCCCGCUACAUUCUCAAUAGCAUAGCUCAACAGAAUGAAUUUGAUGUUCAACGUGGCAAGGAAAUAUGGCUAGAGCUUUUGGAGCGCGAACUUUCAGGGACCUCUGCGGAGGCUCUCGAACCACUUACGAUCCCGGUGUGUUGCAUUUGUUCUCAUCCAAUGGAAGAUGUUUUGCUUGCGUGCACUUCAUGCAACCAAUAUUUCUGCUUCAAAUCUCCGGAACACAAACUUGGAAGAAUGUGCGUUUCACUUGACAGGUUUUCACCUUCUCAACCUAUCCCUUUCAACGAACGUAAAAGCCAAUUUGUGUGCCCAGAAUGUUACAACCAUGAAGAAGGAAAAAUGUAUCCUCACUUUGUUGCUGCGCCUAGAUUCUUUCAUCACUCUGUUGAAUCUCCCAAGAAAUUGCGGGUAGUGAUGUUUCACCUGGGUCAGUUCUGGCCUAUUUCUGAGCACCUUGAGGGAUGCAUAGUGAGCGCCUGGAAGGCAGAGGUAUGGGCAUGCUUAACAACGCAAAUCCGUCUUCAGGAUUUAUCAGAGUCGCCCACUAUGGUUAUUGAGAGGCGAGCUAAAAUUAUAACAGGAGUUUUAUUUAUUUUAGACUGA